AUGAACGCAGCAGCUCCCGCAACGGCAGGAAACCUCGGUAGCGAGCUCAAGCCCGCCGGCGCCGCGGCGGCAAAAGUCAAACCCUGCUGCGUAUGUAAGGACGAAAAGGCCGCCCGCGACGAAUGCAUGCUGUUCUCUCAGAGCGACAACGCUCAGCAGGAAUGCCGGGACCUUGUGUCAAGGUACCGGAGUUGUAUGGCGGGCUACGGCUUCAGUAUCCCGUGA